UCCACUCGAACUGGGCUAUGAAGUUUCCAGAUAGUUUCAGGAAUUCUAUAUACAUCAUCAUCUUUAGGUUUAUCCGCAGUGACAGAGUGAGAUCGUUCCUUUGAUGGAGAAAGAGAUGAUCGACGGUCUUCCAGCUGUACCUGGCCGCGACCAGCAGGGGCGGCCACUUCUCCUGAUGUGGCUUGGUUUCUUGGCGACGACGUUCUGGGCGGGUGAAUUGCUCCGCGCUCUGCCGCUCGCGCAGGGCGGCGGAGGUGCCGCCGUGGGCCUCCUGCGCGCUCCGGCGGAGGUGGAAGCUGAUGACGAAAUGCUGCUCGUCGACACUGCGGCCGUAGCCCGCCUCGUCGGAGCCUACGCGAUCUUUCUGCUGUCGCUCGUCGCCACGCUGAUGCUGGUCGUCGUCGGAUUGCCUCGGAGGGAGCCGAUUCCCUCCGCUGCAUUAAUUAUGCUGCUUUCCGCCGUCAUCUGGCACCACCUUCAACGAGGGAUCGAGGAGAAGUGGUGGGGGAGGAGAGGACGAAUUUCAGUAGAAGAGCGGCCCAGCGGUUGAGGGCGUCCGUUGGCAGGUGAAAAUAAUUCAUGAUAGAAAAAUAAUAAUUGGAAAAAAAAGAUAGAAAAUUUCUAUAUAGCGAUCGAUCACACUGAAAAAAUAUAUUUAUUACCAAAUUGUAUUUGUCUCCAAUUGUUCUUUCAAUCGGAUGAUAUCAAAGGCUUCUAAUUGUGUUAGCAAUUAGGAAUCACAUAUGAAACUUAAACAGAACAUUUUUUAAUUCAUAAAUAAGAUAAGAUGAAGUGUGUCUUUGUGAGCAUGUUAAUACAAGCAUACAAACCACUCUCAAUUGGGCAACAGCAGAGAUACAAGUCUUAUGCCAUGGCAGGAACCACAUUGUUCAAGACCUUGAGUCGCCGUCAGCGGGCCUGAAGCAAGGCAAUCCAGUCACCUCCUUCGUCUCAGCCGUAACCCCUUCGACUCUCUGCGAUAUCUCAAUAAGCAGAGAAGCUAGCCACCGUGAUGAGACAUAAGGUCUCCAGGAUCAGCACAGUUGCUUCUUGCGGGACAGAGCUUAGUGCAGUUUGAAGCUCAUCCGCCGUGUUCUUCAUGUCCUUGACCUAUUAUAAUCCACGCUCGACGGCUUCCUCAUCGACUUGAAUGAUCCAGCCAACUCUUUCAGAACCUUCGCCAAGUCUGAGUUUGAAAGGGCAGAAGAUAUGAUAUUUGGGAAGAAAUGUAACUUUUUCUCUCAAGACAGUUUUUUUUCAUGCCACAACUUACUUUAUAUAUAUAUAGUCAUGACAAACGCCGUCCAAAAAUAAUUUUACUUUUCUUACAUUAAAUA